AUGGCCCGGACCCCUGCGAGCGUCAGCCAGGCCAGUGGCAUCCGGCGGGCGGUGACUUACGUACCCGUUGCGAGACUUCCGCAUACCGCCGACGAGUAUCCGCAGAAUUGCUCGACCUUUGUCGGUGCUCUUCACGACGUGAGAUACUACCAAGGGAUCCUGCGCAACGCCGACAACUUCUCGCCAGUCACGCGUUGCGAGAUCCUCGAGUCUGGCUACCAUCGGGGGUGCUGGAGGGAAACCCUCGGCGAGGAUGCUGCUCGGGAUUAUUUCGAGUUCCUCACGUCCGCUAGGGUCUUCGCCUUCUGUACUAUAGAGAAUGCUCCGGGGACGACCUUUGGCUGUCGUCUUUCCUUGAGUGCCAACAAUACCCAGGCUCUUCUAAAGGGCCUUGACGUAUCGCCGCAGUUCCUCGGCCCGCUGCUCGGAGAGCCGGAUUACUGGGCACCAGGAGAUUUCGCCGUAUACGAUGAGAAAGGAGCGCUGGACAGAAUAGACUUCUACUGUCAGCAACCUCGGUGGAAUAUCCAUAAGAGAGAUGUCCCGUGGUGCAUAUACAUGACGCACCAAGUGGCGAGUAAGUCCACGACGUACCUUGUUGUGUGCAGCGACAAGCAGCCUCAAAUCGCGGUGGUUAAGGAAAGGCUGGCCGACCUCCUCGAUACCAGCCAAUCUCAGUCAAAAACUUGGGCGGAUUCUUCGGACCCUUUCUUGCUUCACUUGAUCAUCACCCACGAGGCCUUCUCGGAGGCCAAGUCUAUCAUAACCGCUCUACGAUACCGGCUCUACGACCAGCUCGACCGGGUCGACACCUACUCGCACGAGCCCUCGGACCGGCAAGACCUGGAGAAGCUGACGAUCGAGCUCCAUGUAGUCUCGCAAGACACAGACUCGGUGUACGCGAGCGCGGACAUGGCCGGGAUGAUUGUCCGCAAGCUGGCGGACGCGCACUCCCGCUACCGGCGAAGCGUGGUCGACCCGGCGUUGGUCAACGCGACGACGAAGACGGAGGACGCGCUGAGGUACCUCGGCGAGUCGAUCGAGUCCCAGAAGCGAUGGUUAGCCAGCUAUAAGUCUCGGAAGGACAUCGCGAUGAACCUCGUGUACAAUCUCGUCACACAACAAGACAGCGCCACGAGUACGACGAUUGCCCGUGAAACCAAGGCCGACAGCGCCUCCAUGAAGGUCAUCGCGGCGUUGACCAUGACGUUCUUGCCGGCUACCUUUCUAUCGUCCGUCUUUGGCAUGGCGAUCCUCGAUGGCGCUCCCUGGUGGCUAUUCGUCGUCCUCGUCAUCCCCUUGACCGCACUGGUAAUCGGCGUCUGGUGGGCUUGGUCCGCCUUCGAAUUCAUUGGCAACAAGCUGCAUCGUUGGAAGCCGUCCUUCGCCCAGGCCGGGGGGAGCACUGACGGGGGCGGUACCGACAGCGGUAGUACGAAUGUAUAAAAUCACGGAUUUCUGUAUAAUGCGACUCUAUUUCGAUCGACUCUUAGCAGCGAGGAGAAAGCAGGUCUAACACUGUGAACUAGCGAUGCCAGAGUUCCCGACGAGGAACACCAAACUCCAGCAGUGCGUUCAACGGCCCGUGCUUGACCCAAGCCUCAUACUCCUCCUCGGAGUUCACCCACACCAUCCCGAGCAUGGCGGCUGCGUUCGCGGACAUCAUGCCGUUCCCAGCCUUGGAUCGGGGGAUCACCAUCAUCCACUCUCGGACCAGAAUCACGUUGUGUGGGGCUUCUGGCCCUAGCCUGAGGGACGAACGAAGAUCGUUAUAUAUUUGCAGGAGACUUUCUCCACUGGUAUCCGCGGUGAUGGCGUGGACGGAGUGAUCGAAUGGGAUGCCAGGUACCUGGUGUGCAUUUCCCGCUAGAGUACUUAUUAUUAGCACCUUUGCCAGUGGAAUACAAAAAACGGUG